GGAAGAGUCAAAGUUCAGGAGCUAGAGGCAGCCGGGAGCCUGGGAAAUGGAAGACCCUCAUAUUACCAAGAUGCUGAGUUCCUCUUUGAGCCCGCAAAACGGCACCUGGUCAGACACCAUCUCUCUGCUCUUAGCUAUUGGCGUUGCUUUCUAUUUGGGCUACUACUGGGCAUGUGUGCCCCAGAGGCCUCGUCUUGUGGCUGGGCCCCAGUUUCUGGCCUUCCUGGAGCAACACUGUCCAGUCACUGUGGAGACUUUCUACCCCACACUGUGGUGCUUUGAGGGACGGCUGCAAACCAUCUUUCGAGUCCUCCUGCAGUCUCAGCCUGUGGUUCCUUACCGGAGUGAAGUCCUCCAGACCUCAGAUGGAGGCCAGUUCCUUCUAGACUGGGCUGAGCAGCCUAACAGCAGUCACUACCCAGAACCUACCACCCAGCCCAUAGUACUGCUGCUUCCCGGCAUCAGUGGCAGUAGCCAGGAACUGUACAUCUUACACCUAGUGGACCAAGCUCUGAAGGAUGGCUAUAGGGCCGUUGUGUUUAAUAACCGUGGAUGCCGAGGGGAAGAGCUGCUGACUCACAGGGCUUACUGUGCCAGCAACACUGAAGAUCUAGAAACAGUUGUGAAGCACAUAAAGCGCCGCUACUCCCAAGCUCCACUGCUGGCUGUGGGCAUCUCUUUUGGAGGGAUACUGGUGCUUAACUACCUGGCACGGACCGGGAAGGCCGGAGGCCUGGUUGCCGGAUUGACCAUGUCUGCAUGUUGGGAUUCCUUUGAGACCGUUGACUCCUUGGAGACCCCACUCAACUCACUGCUCUUCAAUCAGCCCCUCACUGCUGGACUCUGCCAGCUUGUGGCCAGGAACAGAAAGACAAUUGAAAAGGUGUUGGAUGUAGACUUUGCGAUAAAGGCCCGCACAAUCCGCCAGCUGGACGAGCGAUACACAUCUGUGGCUUUUGGGUAUAAAGACUGUGCGGCUUAUUACCAAGCCUCAAGCCCAAGAACCAAGGUAGACGCCAUCCACACCCCUGUCCUCUGCCUCAAUGCAGCAGAUGAUCCUUUCUCCCCCAUCCAUGCCUUCCCUCUGCAGGCUGCCCAGAAGUCUCCCUAUGUGGCUCUGCUCAUCACAGCUCGGGGUGGCCACAUCGGCUUCCUGGAAGGGCUGCUGCCCUGGCAACACUGUUACAUGAACCGAGUGCUACAUCAGUAUGCCCGAGCCAUCUUCCAGCACUCGGUAGAGCUGCCUGACCUGGGAACACUCACUCCUGGAGAUGUAAAGAGCUGACAAGAGGACAGCUGGGGUCUCGGUCCAAUCUUUCUCUCUUUAUUAAAUAUCAACUCUUCCUGCCUA